AUGAACGAUAAGAAGCAGCAGAAGGACGCUGAGGCGGCGGCAGCAGCGUCGGGCAAGAAGAAGUUCUCUGCCGCUGACCUACGAGUUAUAAAAGAUCUCGAGCAUCUUUCCCUCAGCGACACCAUGGAGCUCAAGCGCGAGCUCGACAACUACAAGAACUUCUCGCUCGCGAUCAACCCUGACGAGGGCAUGUACAAGGGCGGCCACUUCGAGUUCGCGUUCGAGAUCAAGCCGACGUUUCCCUACGACGCCCCGAAGGUGCGCUGCAAGCAGAAGAUUUACCAUCCGAACAUCGAUCUAGAGGGCAAUGUGUGCUUGAACAUUCUGCGAGAGGACUGGAAGCCUGUUCUCAACUUGAACGCUAUCUUCGUUGGUUUGCAGUUCCUCUUCCUCGAACCCAACGCAUCCGACCCACUAAACAAGGAGGCUGCCGAAGACCUCAAGCACAAUCGGGAAGGUUUCAAGCGCAAUGUGCGCGCCGCUAUGGGUGGUGGUAACGUCAAGGGCGAGUCCUUCGACCGAGUCAUGAAAUAA